GAUUGUGUCCCACUUGUUGUUGAUUCUUCACAAAAAAAUACAGUUUUAUAUCUUUAUGUUUGAAGCCUCAAAUGUGGUAAAAGGUCGCAAAGUUCAAGGGGGCCGAAUACUUUCGCGAGGCACUGUAGCAGAGGGUUGUAUAGGGCUUGAUAAACCUGCAUGUGUAAAGCUAGAGUUGGUUCCCAUUCAAUCAAGUUCAACUGAACGCUUCCAGAAUAUCGAUUGCGUGAUAUUUAGAUGUUGUCCAGUUUUGCCCCUCGCUCAAGUCAUCAGAAUGAUUAAACUAAACUAGUUACCCAUUCGUGACCUGUUUGUAUUUUUUUUAAAUGCCUAGCUUCGUGUGGACACCAUUGAGAAAACAAUGUUUUUUAAAAUAUAUUUUAUAAUUGUAUUAUUCCUAUAUUCCUCAAGCUUUUGAGUUCUGUGUAAGCAGGUAUUUUAAGCCUGAAAAUAAUUCGAGUUAACUUUGAAUGUCCUAAUAUUGGCCAAACAUAUAAUGUAGAUUUUUGAAAAUAUAUGUUUUAUACAUUGAAUGUGUUUGGUCUGUCCUUGGACACCUUGUUCGGCACAAUAGCUGGAUAAGUAUAACCCCUUGCUAGAAAUACUCCUAUUCAUACGUUGUUUUAUGUGCAUUUGGUAACCAUGAUGGUUGCUAUGGUCUUUUUGGUACGAGGGAACACCUAGAGAGGAAUGUGUGAAAUAUAACGCGUAUGUUUCUAACUCCAAAACGAUGAUUUAAAAUAUAACCAAGUCAUUCGUGUAAUCUAAAAUUGUUUUAUUGUUUAUCAUUAUUACUAGAAUAAUUAUUUAAAACCUUGUUAUCCAACGCAUGAUCGCCAAGAAUGGACAAAGGGAUCAUUAGGACUACACUUCCCAGGAUACGUGGUGUUUGUGAUGUCACAAUGAGUAUAUAUGGUUACACCGUGGCGUUCUUUAUUCUAUUGUUACAUUGUAACAAACCGGGGCAGAGGCGAGGAAAAGGAGGACGUCAAUCGGAUAAAAUUCUGUAACAUUUUGACAUUUCUGUACCAAAUAAGGCGAGGGGGGAUAACGGCCAUUAUACGUGAAGAAAAACGACGUUGGGCCGAUUGAAACCGCUCUAGAAAAGAAAGGAUAAACGAAUACAGAUGUCAGCGGAUGCUCUUCCAAUGCAAGCAUUUAAAGGCUCAAACCUGGAAGAUAAGGCAUCCGGCAGUUAUCUCCCUUUUUUUUUUUUUUUUUACAAUUUAGCAGAAAAUAAUGUCAAUAGCCUAAUAAAUGUUAACUAAACUUGACGUCCUUCUUUCCCACCGUCUGCCCCGGCUAUACAGGAUUGCUACGUCAAAGUUAAAUGGAACAUACACUCCUGGAAGCGACCAUACAUACAUUUCAUUUAUGUGGUCCAAUAUCUGCUUGAAGCCGGUGUAGCCUACAAAUGCAGAAAUAAGCAUUCAUACUGAACAAAUUAACAGUUGUACUUAAAAACAAUCGUUAGCCUAACAUUACAUCUCGAAAGAAAGAAGCUAAAACUGUCAGGGAAAAAUAUUUGGAAAAUAUCUAAAAUAGGGCGUUACAAGAUCCAUGAACAAUCCUCCGCGAAUACAAGGAACGUUCAGCCGUUGAUCGGGAGAAGAGGAUCCUUUUUCUGCUUAAGACGCCAAGUUUCCAUGGAGGCAGUUUCAUCUCUCAGCCUCAAGCGAAGAUUCGAGGAGGUGGACAGUGGCUCUCCCUACUCUACGCCCAAGGACUCAGACGAUGAUAUCUCCAGCAGUGACAGCGCUGACAGCUGUGAUAGCCUCAACCCCCCCUCCAGUACUGCACUCAUACCGACCUCCAUCCUAAGAUGUCACAAGCCCUCUCCAGGCCGGAAGCGGGUGCGGUUUGAUGUGGUGACGGUGUACUACUUCCCCAGGCAGCAGGGCUUCACCAGCGUGCCCAGCCAGGGAGGCAGUUCCCUGGGCAUGGCACGCCACCACUGCUCCAUCCGCAGCUACACCCUGGGAGAGUUUGCCUGCGAGCAGGAGACCAGUCACCGCCACGCCCUGCGCCAACACCUCCGCCAGGAGAAGCUCAACGCUCGCAAGAUGAAGCUGACACGCAAUGGUACGGUGGAGUGUGCCCAGGCUGACCUGCUGACCCUCGACAAUGUAUCAGACGAUGACCUUGACGUGGAGGGGGUGGAGGUGGAUGACUGCUUCUUCCUGCAGCCACUGCCCACCAAACGGCGCCGCGCUCUCCUCAGGGCUUCUGGUAAUGCCCGCAUAGAUGCCCGGGAGAAGGCUGAGCUACGGACCAUCAGGCUGUCCAGGGAGGAGUGUGGCUGUGACUGCCGUUUCUACUGUGACCCCCGCCACUGUGGCUGCAGCCAGGCUGGCAUCAAGUGCCAGGUGGACAGGAUGUCUUUCCCCUGUGGCUGCUCUCGGGACGGCUGUAGGAACUCGGCGGGCCGCAUCGAAUUCAAUCCUCUGCGCGUGCGAACACACUACCUGCACACCAUCAUGAAGCUGGACCUGGAGAAGAGGAGGCUGCUGGGGCAGAGGUCGGGUGUUGGGGAGCAGUAUGAAGAGUCUGACCUGCUCUCCUCCCCCUCCUCCACCAGGCCUCCCUCCCCAGACCCUGACCUGUCCACAGGGGCCCAAGAGUUAGAGACAGAGGAGAGAGAGGUCCAGAUGGUCCUGGAGGCUCAGGACCUCCUGACUGAGCAGGCCUGCCUGGAGCGGGAGAACGAGAUCGCCGUGCUCCACCUGCAAAGUGCCGAGGAGCAGGAGAGGAUGAGGGAGGAAGAGGAAGAGGAGGAGGCGCAGAGGGGCAGGGGGGGAGCAGGUAGCCUGGGGGAGCAGGCUCUGUGCCUCCUGCCUGGGGCCCUGCAGGGGGAGCUGUCUGGGGAGCCUGGGGUGGGGGUUGGGGUGGAGGGGGUCCCUAUCUCCCUCCUCCAGGGCCCAUUCCCUACUGGGGCUACCCUGCUCUGCAUCACAGAGAACCAGGAGGGAAAUUGGGAGGGGGAAGGGGACAACCCCCGUGGUGGCCUCAAAGACCCGGCCUCCUCCCUGCUAUACUACCAGUUAGGUCCCAUGGAGAACGAGCCGUUUGAGGAGUCUCAGCCUUUGGAGGAGGAGGAGGAGGAGGAGGAGGAGUGUGUAGAUAAAGAACCAGGGGGAGGAGAGGAGCAAGACAGGGUGGCGCAUAGAGGUAUUACCUGCGGGCAGGAUGAGGGCGAGUUUUCGCCUCCGGUGGCUCUGUGCUCAGAGAAUGGCGUGGGGGCUGAGGAGGCUAAGGAGGUACCUUUCAGCCCCCAGCAGAGCUCCUCAGAAGGGCAGUGUCAGGAAGUGGCCUGUCUGGCCACAGGAGAUAUGUACCCACCACUGCCCCCUGAGGUUUAGUACUAGCACCUCUGCAGAUGUUUUGCACAAUAGCUUUAUUCUGAGCUGAAUAAACCCUACACUACAUGGAUACACAGUGUAGUUAUCAAAAAUGAGUAUGAUGUUACAGGUUAGAAUUCAUAAUAAUAACCAUCAUUACUACGAUAAUCGAUUUGAAAAAAAUGAGCAGUUCCAUUAAAAAGUAGUGGAGGGAAACUCAUCCUGAAAGCACACACAGAUCUUUCCCUGCAGCAGUACUGUCGUUUCAGUUAUAUGUCAAUGAAAUACUCUUAUUUUAAAGGAGUGGAGAUCAUGGGAUCUGUCCCAAAUGGCACCCUUUUCCCUUUUAUAGUGCACUACUUUAGACCGGGCCCAUAGGGCUCUGAUCAAAAGUAGUGCACUAUGUAGGGAAUAUGGUGCCAUUUGGCAGCCAUGUUGGCCUUAACGAAAUAAAUUACAUGUUUGUGUGGGAGGUGUAAUUGAGUCAUUGAGAACUAAGUUGUGUUGUUUUUAGUUCCCGGCACCACAAAGAGACAAUGUGGUGGUGUGAUCAUUAACAUUGGCUCUGGGCCUUUUCAUUUAAAAAAUGUUUUUAACCUUUAUUUAACUAGGCAAGUCAGUUAAGAACUAAUUCUUAUUUACAAUGACGGCCUACCGGGGAACAGUGGGUUCCUGCCUGGGUCAGGGGCAGACCUUGUCAACUCGGGGAUUCGAUCCAGCAACCUUUUGGUUACUGGCCCAACGCUCUAACCACUAGGCUACCUGCCGCCCCUCAAGGGAGCAUUUCAGAAUCAUUCAGUGAUUCGAGUGGCUUGAUUAAAUACGGGAAAGGGGGAUACCCAGUCAGUUGUACAACUGAAAGGAGGUGGGGUUAAGAAGAAUAUGUGUGUGCCCUGUUCUAUACUGUAGACCGAUAAAAUAAACAACAGUUGUGUUUAAAAAA